AUGGAAGUAAUCUCACUUUUGUGCAAGAAUUUCUUUUGGGAACAGCAAAGCAAGCUGCUAUCAGGGAAAGAGAAGCGACAAAAGGCCACAUUAGUACCUAUAAAGUGUCCAAUGCUAACAACUAAAUCUAUGUUUCAGAUCGUGGAUUUUUAUGCAGAGAAAUGUGGCGCAGAAAAAACUGAUGACGAGCAUAUUUGGAAACUUUGUAACCUAUUUCUUCUAAUUUUAUGGGACACUGGAGGACUACCUCGUGCAUUACAAUUUAUGCUUAGUACCUGCUGUAAUAAAUUAAAUAAGAAUGGUAAAGCAUUCUUUCACAAUAUAAAGGAUCAAGAUUUUGACAAAAUUUUUAAGGAAACUACUAUCACGCUUGAGGAAAAUAUGGCAUAUACAGAAGCUUACCAGAAGAUGUCCUGGUUAUCGACCAAACCAACUUCAAGGAAUACUUUGGUCACAUUUUAUCUUGCCGAAGAUAUCAAUCCUAAUUUCUCGAAACUGACAAAAAUUAAAAAUAUUGUUCCUGAUGUUGGAGUUGUUACCGCUGAUAAAAUUAUUGAAGAACAGCCAUACUAUAAUUUAGAAGAUUUCUUAGAAAAACAUAAACAUAACAAGCGUCAAAAGCUUGAAGAAAGCUAA